GCCAUUUUUGCGACAUUUUAACUCACAUUAAAUUGGAAUAUGAUUCUGUCUCUAUAAAGUGAAAGCUGAAAUUCAGGCUGUCAGUUUUUAUUUGAUCAAGCCGAACGAAAGUCGCCAUAACUUUUCCUUCGCUCAUUGGCAAACAAAAUCGCACCGCCAGUGUGCAUACGAGCUAUGAUCCUGCCUUUGGUCGAAAAUGUUCAUACGAAACGCCGUAUUUUUCGCGCGAUGGUGGCAGCGGGCUCUGGAGCAGACGAUACUAUGAAAAACGAUUGCAUCGUCACCGUGCGCGAUGACCUCCCUACAGGGUCGAAAAAUUCGCAGGUGACGACGGGAAAUGUUAACUUUUUAACAAGUCGACAAGAAAUGACUGCUAAUAAGAAAAUAGCUGUUUGUGCUGUGGGGAUUUUUGUGUGUUAUUUCUAUUUUGGAAUUCUCCAAGAAAAAAUCACAAGAAGUACUUAUGGAGAAAAUGACAAAUUCACAUUCACAUCUACGCUUGUUUUUGUCCAGUGUGUUGUCAAUGCAAUUUUUGCGAAAAUUAUGUUGCAUACCAUCAUGAAACAAGGUGAAGAUCCUACAAGGCCGUUGUAUUAUGCAGUGUGUGCAUUUUCAUAUCUUGGUGCAAUGGUUUCAAGUAAUAUGGCGCUGCAGCAUGUGAACUAUCCCACUCAAGUUGUUGGAAAGUCGUGUAAACCUAUCCCAGUGAUGAUCUUGGGUGUUCUAGUUGCGAAAAAGAAAUACCCUCUCUCCAAAUACCUUUAUGUGUUUAUGAUCGUUGUUGGUGUUUGCUUGUUCAUGUACAAAGACAAACCUGCUGUUGCAGUUAAAGAAGAUGCUGCUCUUUUAGGCAUAGGAGAAAUUUUAUUACUCAUCUCUUUGUCUUUGGAUGGCUUCACUGGAGCAAUCCAAGAUAGAAUGAAAGCUGAAUAUCAAUCCAAAUCCGGACACAUGAUGUAUAACACUAAUGCAUGGGCUACUUUAUUUCUCGGCAUUGUUGUAUUGGUAACUGGUGAAAUAUGGAGUUUCAUGAGUUUUGUAGAAAAAUAUCCAUACAUAAUGUAUGAUAUGUUUGGGUUUUCCAUGAUGAGUGCUUUGGGACAGGUGUUUAUCUAUUUAGUGGUGAGUGAAUUUGGACCACUUUUGUGCUCAGUAAUAACUACCACAAGGAAAUUCUUUACUGUGUUAGCAUCAGUAUUUCUAUUUGGUAACACCUUGAUCCCUAGACAGUGGUUGGGAACAGCUCUUGUGUUUACAGGUCUCACACUGGAUGGUAUUAAUGAAAAACGAGCUGGCUCAAAAAAGAAAUGAUUCUGAUGAUUUUAGAAUUUUAAGUUAUUAAGAACCUGUUCAAGGAAUGUUGUUAAGACAAGCCUUUAUUUUUAUCAAGUGUGAUUAAUGGAAUGCUAGGAUGCAAGGGAUUUAUUGCCUGACAGUGCAUUGAAUUUAUUCUCACCUUGUUUUCCUGUGAUACUCUUUUGUUGUUUACAAAAUGUCUCAAACUUUUCUGCGUUGUAUUUGUAUUCCUUUAUCAGGAUGUGCAAUACAGAUCCCCUCCUGCAGAAAUUUAACAUUAUUUUCAUUCGACACACAAGUUGGUUCCCGUCUUGAAACAUCCUGCAGACUAUUUGUUGUUGCAUUUACAUUAUGAAGUUAUUUGAGAUUUUAUUUGAAAUCAAUUUUAUUAUGAAGCAGUUGCCUAUUAGUAAUUAUUUAUUAUUGUAAUGAGUCAUUUUAUUAUGGUUAUAGGAUUGUGAUGACCAAGUUAUGCAAUUGAAUGUCAGUGAAGACAUUAUUUAUAAAUUAUAAAUGAAUUUUGUUGGUGUACAAUCCAAAUUUUAGGAAUCUUUUAAGAUGAAAUAGUUUCUUCCUCUUUUUUUAAAUUAAAAAUGAACUUUUCCAACUUCUUUUUUACACAUGCAGGUAUUUUCUCUCUUUAAAUGUUCUACAGUAACACUGAACUGUGUUAGUAAUUAAAAGAUUGAAAGCAAGACUUGAAUUUUGGCUCAAGCAUUUUGCAAUUUGCCUGUUGUUGAGCUUGAAGUUAUUUUGAGAUCUGUUUCAUAUUAGUUGUGUUAUUAGUCUUGAGUUUAAGUAACUAACUAUAAACAAUGCUGUACUUGGGAGGGGAAGGGGAACAAAGAAAUGCUAUCCCCUGAAAUAUUUGAAUUUUCAUUGUAAAAAUAAUGCAAGUGUACUGUAAAUUGGUUUCAGCCCAUCUUUUCUUUUGAUGAGUCCCUCCAAACCCUACAAUUAGUUCCCCUAAACAUUUUUUUUUCCAACUCCAGCACAACCUAUAUCUAACUAUUUAUUAAAUUAAAAUGAAUUAAUUUUUGAUAAUUAUGUGAUAGCUAAAUUGUGUAAUUUAAUACUGUGAAGAUAUUAUUUAUUAAUCAAAAUGAAAGAAUUUUGUUUGCAUAAAUCAUAAUCUUAAGUCGAACUCGCUUAAAACAAGGGCAAAGUGACCGUGAUAUUUGCUCGUUAUAACCAAGUGCUCGUAAAAAAGGAGUUUGAAAAAAAUUAUAAAAAUUCAUCAUAGUUGCUCUUUUUCUUGGCAAAGAACAAAUUAGGCAAUAUAUGAAGUUUAAAAAGUUUUCGUUCAAAAGGUCGGAUCGCUAAUUGGUCGGAGUUAGCUUCGCUCACUGAUCAGCUGGAUUACAGUAACGUGAUGGCUUGGCGACUUUGGCUAUAAACCAUAGAGUUGCGUGAUUAUUGUUUACAUUUUAAAGCUUCUGUUAAUGUAAUUUAUUCUAUUUUUUGUUUUUUUUUGGCGAAAUAUUUCAAAUUACAAAGAAUUGUUUUCCCUUUUUUUGCACGCUUUUAUUUUACACCCUUAUGUUCUUUUUUUAAAAAAGUAUUUUGAAAUUAUAUUGAGAAUAGGUAAUUGAUCGGGUGAAAGCAGGACUUACAUUUCAACUCAAGAAUUUUGCUUGAUGUGAGUUUGUUGGUGAACAUCUGAACAUGAGUUAUUGAGAAAUUUAUUUUAAAUUAAUUUUGUUAUGACACUAAUUUAUGAAUUCAAAUACUUGGAAAAAACUGUUCAUUAAACUGAAAUGAAUUAAUUUCAAGUGGUUAGUAUCACAAUGGCUAAGGUAUGUAAUUCGCUCCUGUAAAUAAUUUUGAUUCAUAGUCAUAAUUUUAAAUUAAAAAAAAAUAAUAAAAUACAGUUUCUACA